CUUUCAAAAACACCUAUAUCCCCCUAUCUUAUCUGUGAGUAUACAUGUUUGAUUCUGUUUCUCCUGCCAUGCUUAAGUUACUAAUGAGAAUAAAUUUUCUGCUCUGAUAUCGUGAUCUUAAAUUUAUUUUUGUAUUGGCGCAAAAUAAAUCGUUAAUAAACAGUAUCUCAUUGAGAGAAAUGACUGUGCAUUUAUCAACGGCGCCAAAUGACGCGGAUAUCAUUUUUUUCAAAGCAUUGCCUUCGACAUCGUGUAAACCUGACAAUUGAUCCAGCUUCGGCCAAUUUCAACGCACAAUGUUAUCAUCAGAAGCAGAAAAGUUGACUGAAGAACAAGUAACCGAAUAUUUGAAGCGGCUACAGAUACGGUCCAAACCAAGUCCAACUCUGGAAGGGCUAAAGCUCCUUUGUAUUCAGCACCUCAAGUGCAUACCGUUCGAGAAUUUUUCUUUGCACUUCACUGAGCAGCGACCUUCAAUUCCGUCGCUACUCCAAGAGAACAUUUUUAACAAAAUAGUUCAACGCAAACGUGGUGGUUACUGCUUCGAAUUAAAUGGCUUAUUCGCUGCCUUGUUAAAAUCGCUAGGGUUUUCCAUUACCAAUGGCAGCGCACGCGUCUAUUUCGAAUCAAACGGAGCUCCCGGCUACACGGACGAACAACACCAUAUUAUCGUUGUGAACUUGGAUGGCGAAUCUUGGCUUGCCGAUGUAGGCUUUGGUGGCCCCGGACCAUGUCUGCCAAUGAGCUUUUCAAAUGCCCCGCAGCCAACCGAGAAUGGUAUUGGAAGCGAACAAACAAUGUUGGAACUUCAGAAUGAUAAUACGUGGCUGUUGAAACAUCGGUUUAACUCAGGUGCUGACUGGAAACCAACAUACAAGACCACAUUGGAAGUUCGCAAUGGCUCAUUUUACAAUGAAGGAAACAAAAAUGUAGCUACCGGGCCGACUAUUUUCACGGAACAUCUAAUCGCGGUGAUCCUUCGUGAUAACCAAGGCAGCUUGGAACGAGUUUCAAUGAUGGAUACAAAGGUCAAUGUAUCAGGCACUAAUCAUUAUACCCUUGUUGACACCUUUAACACUGAGGAGGAGAGAAUUGCCGGUAUUGAACAUUGGUUCAAUGUUGAAUUGACCGAUGAAGAAGUCAUGGGAAUCAGUGGCAGCCAUCUUGCCUUGGGGUCAAGCAGUUAGGAAGGAGGCGCCGCACUCGGAAUGUUCAAUGCUGCUUUCAAAUGGUUUUUACCAGCAGCUCUGUGUAACAUCUCACCGGCACAAGCUUUUCAAUGAAAAAUGGUGGUAACAAAAUGCCAGGAGAAUCGGUUUGUCGGAACAACUCGGGUAUAAUAGAGUUUACCGGUACACCGCAAUGCUAUAGAAAUCUAGAGCAUAAACCUUCUGGGUAAAUUGAAGAAAAGUUCAUUGGGGGAGAUAAAGUAAUAAACCGAUCGAUUAUUUAGGCGGGCAAUAAAACUUAAGAC